CAUUUGUGAUUUCCGGUAGUUCACGCGGGACACGCCUCCUAGCGGCUGUUUACAUAUGCAAAUCAUCAACCAGGAAGUCUUCGCCUCGUAAACAAUUGCAAUUUCUGCAGAAUGUUCCGUCUACUGGAUAGCAAGACUGUUAAAGUAAGGAGGCAACUAACUUUUCAGCAGCCUAAGACAGUUAAAGUUAGAUGCCAGUAUGAUGCUGCCAAUUUGCAGCGUACAUUUGAUGCCACUCGCGAUGGAAUUUCAGUAUAUAGUGCAUCUCGUUUGUAUACAGUUCCGGAGUCAACUCUUCGAGACAGAACAAGGGGUAAUGUUCCUGUCCAUGCCAAGCCCGGUAGAGAGACGCUUUUGCAGUGACAUGUGGCAGAAAAACUAAGAGUGAUAGACCUCUUAGUGACAACUGGUUUUAUGGGUUUCUAAGGCGAUGGCCCGAGGUUAAACUUGCCAAACCCCAGAAGCUAUCCAUGCUGAGAGCACAAUAUGCCUCCCGCGAAGCACUGCGUUCCUACUUUAAGGAGCUGGCCACUAUUUUGACAUUUAAUGAACUGAGAGAGAAUCCAGAAAGGAUCUACAACAUGGAUGAGACUGGGAUCAGUACUGAGCAUGCCCCUCCUAAGAUCGUCUGUGACUCCACUUCCCAACCACAAGCAGUAACAUCGCCAAGAUCUUCCACAGUUACCGUUAUCGGUGGUGGUAAUGCCAUUGGUAACCACAUUUAACUCUAGUUGAAUGGGCCAAGAAGCACAACGUCAUUUUGUUUGUCCUGCCACCACAUACCAGUCAUAUCACCCAGCCUCUGGAUGUUGCAGUGUCCGGGCCCUUUAAAUCUAUGUACAGCAGGGAAUGUCAGUUGUAUCUUCAACGGAAUCCAGGUGUGAAAAUCACCAAAUACGAGGUUGCCAAGCUCACAGCCAAACCAUAUUUGAGGGCAAUGUCUCCAGAUAAUUUGGCGUCAGCUUUCCGGAAAUCUGGGAUUUAUCCUUUUUCCAACAAGACUAUUGAGGAUCUGUCCGUAGCACCUGCAACUAUAUAUCCUCACUCAGACAAAGGAAAUCAGGAAAAUGAAGCACCUCUGGAUGCUCCACCUUUGGAAUCCACGCAUGAAACCCCAGGUAGCCGUUCAGAUGUUACACCACCAGUUCAGGUUCCUUCAGCUUCCAGUACAAGCCAGUUUCUUCAAGAGAGGAGGAUCACAAAAGUCUUCUGUAAACCUAAAAAAAAAAUUUGUGCCACCGUUCCUGACUGGAAAUCUUCUGAAGCAAAAAAAUGUUGAAAUUAUGCAGUCCUCAAAAAGCACAAAAAAGCUACAGAAUCAAACUAACAUUCCAGCAAAAAGUACACAUUUGAAGAGAUCUGCUACUACUUCGACUAAACGCGCUGCCUGUGUCAAGCAUUCCAAACCUACAACUCCUCAGCCAGGUCCAUCUUCAUUUUGGGUUUCAUCUCCUGAUGUGUCUGAUGAUGAUUCAGAGAACUGCUGUGUUUGUGGCAAGAACACCCCACCAGGACUAAGGUCGUGCCCUUAUCUGGUGAUUCUCAAGUGGGCUCAGUGUGACAAAUGUCAACACUGGACACAUCUGUCAUUUUGUGCAAAUACCACAUUUGUAAGGCGUCAUGGUGAAUUCUAGUGCCCCCACUGUGUUUAAACUGUUUCCUUGGUGACUAUUUAACUGUUAACCUAUUUGCUCCAUUGUUCUAGAUUUUGCGAAAUUUCGGGACUACUGAACUUUUUAUGCAUUUUCUUCCUUCAUGCUGUCUUUGCACUUGUCUGGAUGAAUCACGAAGUCUGGCAUCAUCAUACUUUGUGGCAGGUAAAAUGGUCAGGAAAGAAGGACACAUGGAAACAGAGCAUGACCUGCAACAGCCUCAAAAUUCAUUUAACAGAGCACAAGCAACAGAUGAAGAAACAGGGAUGGAUGCAGCACAGGGCCCUGAAAUAGUUGGUUUUAUGGAAACUGAUCAAGCUCAGAGUAGAGCAGAUGACAGUGCACUUGGUUAUUCCACCGACACCUCAGCAAGUUCUCAAGAGCCCAACAUGGAACAUGUGUACCAACCUACGACUGAGGACUACACUCGUUGCAUGGCGCUGACUAUCAUUUCCAUAGCUGCUUAUAUGUAUAUGUGUGUGAGGAGGAGGGUCGAAAUACCCUGGCAACCCCCGAAUGGCAAUAAUGACAAUGAGGUUGAAAACUUUGCAAUUAACUAUGAUAAUGCAUCACAAGAAGAAACGGGUUAUUGGUCCCUUGACGAAGAUUUCAAUCCCUUCGACGAAGAGUAGUCAAAAUGCACACUUGAUGGAGCAAUACACCUGGGCAUACAUGUAUGUCUCUCAUCCUUUAAGUUUGCAGAUUUGAAUAUUGCAAUUAAACUACCUCCUAUAUGUAUCUACCUCAGAUAAUCUAUUUUCUUUAGAUUUCUACCGCAUUGAAAUGAGUAAUUCAAUAAAUAAAUCUGAACGUUC